CAGAUAAAUAUUGCGGAUUACUUAAUCGAAAUAAUUAAUCAGAAAAUGCACUUUAUGAUUAAUACUGUACUACCUUAUUGGCAGCAUAGCAUUUCUUAUUAUAUAGUUUUAAUAAAUAAGAGAUCAUAAACGAAAAUUAUGGUGACCAGAAAACUUUCUAUAUUUUAGGAUAUAUCGUUUAUUUUAUAAUGAUGAUGACUCCUUUAAUGCAUGAAGCUCUAUUGAGAUUGGAGUAAAUAAAAUAUUGGAAAUAUGAUUCCUUGAAUCAUAUUCGUAUUCCUAAAUUAACACUAUAUAUUAAACAUAUUCCAAAAAAAAUUAACGAAUAAGAACUAUAAUAAUAUAUUCAAUAUGCAAUAGCUAGUAAGUAUAAAGAGAAGAUGAGGGAUAAAUAUAUUGAAGAGAUUGUUUACAUAUAUGAUACCCAUCCAAUUAAAGUUUUAAAUGACAUAAGAUAGGAUACUUAUCUUAAAGUAUUAUAAAUAGUAAAUGAACUAAAAACCUAACCAAAAUUGGAAUUAAAAGGAUAAUUAAUAGAUUUAGUUUUUUAGUUAAUAAAAUAGACAAGGGAUAUUUAAAAAACUUUGCAAUAUGGAUUACCAUUUACAUAAAAAGUUAUUUUAAAAUUUAAUUCAGAAUCCGUAACAAAUUUAGUUUAUAAAUAUUAUGAUAAAUCAUUCUUUAAUAGUGUAAUUUAAAGGAUUGAAUCAAUAAAAGAAUCUGCAUAAAAUUAUUAAGAAUUUUAAAAGGAUAAAGUUGAACUAUAAGCUUAAUUGCUUGAAUAAUCUCAAACUCAUAGUUCAAAAUCGUCAAAUAUAUCUGAAUAAUAAGAUCUUUAAGAGAUCGUGAGAGGCUUAUCUGAAACAUUUAUCAAUCCUCCAUAAGAAAUAAAUGCAAAAAUGAAUUAGAGUAUAAUAGACCUUUUGAGACUACCAGAAAAUGAAGAAUAACAAAAAUCAAAUAUAUAAAAAUCUAAUAUAGAUGAGAAAAAAGGUUUACAUUUAUAAAGAGGAUUUCGAUAAGAUGACAUUUUUUGGGAACACAUUGGGAUGCAUACAUUAAAAAGAUUAUUUUUGAGACUUAUAACUACAUGCAUAACACUACUUGUUGGUAUCAUAAUUAUGGCUCUAUUUGAAAUAUUAUUUAUUUUAGAAUAACAUUUGAAAAGAAAAGCUGGUUGGGUUAGUAGUUUAGUUGUAAUUGUGAUGACCUUAUUUAUUGUAUUCCUUUCAGUUUUUUCAACUAUACUUGUUAUCUUUAUGACUAAAAGAUCAAAAAGAUCUACAUAUUCUUUAUAAGAAAAGAAUAUGAUCACUUUCAUGUCACCUAUUCAAUAAGUCUGUAUUCUUGCAUUUCCAUUUAUUUUUGUACUAAGCAUACUACAACAAUAUUCGGCCUUAAAUAAUAUUUCUGUUGUAUUGGCAGUUAGUAAAUUAGCUUAAGUGAGACUUAUUGCUAAAGGAAUAAUACACAUUUUCCAUUUGAGAUCUGUGAAAUAUAACUCUACAAAAAAGAAAGUAAUGAAAAAUUUUUAACCUACUUCAUAUUUCUAAAAGUAAUUAAAUUAAUUACUCAUUCCCCCUCUCUUUCCUAUAAGAAGCAGAUUAUUUUAUAUUUUAUUUAUUUAUAGCACUGGCAUGAUGAUGAUAUUUUUUAACCCUAUUAUGAUUAUAUGGUGUUUGGUAUUAUAAAUUAUUUUCUUUUACUAUGAUAAAUAUAGUGUCUUAAAUGAAUACCAUUAUGACAAACUAUUUACUUUCUAACUUCAAAAAUAUUUAAUUCUAACUUAUUAAGUAAUUAUGAUUCCUAUAUAUUGUUACAUAUAUCUAGUUACAUUCACAAAUACCACAUAACACAUUGGAUCAGAUGAAUCAGUAAUUAAUAGUAAUUUAUUCUUAGCUAAUUUCUGAAUAUUCUACCGUUUCUCCUUUGUGGACUUUUCUCGGAUAUGGCACCUUUAUUUUAUCAUUUGCAAGUUUUUUGUUUUUUCGAUAACAAAUUGCCAAUUUCUUUGUAUUUGUAAUGCUUAGAUAUUAAAAGCCUUUGAGAGACUCUACAAUAUUUAAUGAAAAAUCAUAUUUCCAGAGUUAUAAUGAAUAUUUUCAUGGUAUUUUUCAUUGUUAUAUUUAGAUUUGGGAGUACAUGAAUUAAAUUCAAUCAUUGAAGAUACAUUUAAAAAUAUGUAAUAUAAAAAUAAAUGA